GUCUCCGUCUGCGGGGUGGCUGGUGCUGGGAAAUCUUUUCUCGCCCAAGUCCUCCAUACCCAUUAUAGUCCUCGAGCUCAUGGUUGGCACCAUGGAAGCUACGUUGUUAAUGUACCCCAUCCGUUCGAUAUCACGGACUUCUGUGAGAGCUUGUAUCUUGAAAUCUUCUCAACACCACCAAAAGAAGGCGAAGAUAUCUUCCGGAUGUGUUGGAAACAUCUUGAGCAAAAACCGUGCCUUGUUUUUAUUGACGGCUUGCGGUCCAAGGAAGAUUGGGACUUGAUAGAAGCUAACUUGAUACCGGCUGUACCAUUGUUAUCUUUCCCUUUUGGAGGCUGUACCAUUGUUAUUACCAGGGAAGAAAGUGUUGCCAGACAUUGUGCAACGUCACCUGAUGCAGUGUGCCGGGUCAAAGGUCUAGAAGCUGAUGCGGCCCGUCAUCUCUUCCAGGACACCUUUAAACCUGACGGAAUCUCUAAGGGCGAUUCUAACAUGAUGGCUGAAGCAGAUCUUAUCAUAGACAAGUGUGGCAGACUUCCCAAACUAAUAGUUGCUUUAGCUGAGUACUUGGCCGAAGUACCAAACGUCAUACGGGAGGCCCGGCGUCUGAAUGCCAACUUUAUGUAUGCACUGAAGACGACCAGGAAGGGACUUGAUAGCUUCCGGGACGUAUUCACCUGGAUGUAUUCAAGAUUUCAGGCUUGUCAUCAACUACUCAGGAAAUGCAUCUUCUAUCUGUCACUAUUUACUCAAAGCAGUAUCAUUCGUCAGAAUCGUUUGGUGAGGCGGUGGAUUGCAGAGGGCUACUCUGAGGGCACUGACAGCAACAGCAUGGUGGAAUAUACAGAGAAGCUCAUCCACGAGCUUAUCACCAUUGGCAUGAUGGAGACACAUACCAAGGCCGGUGACAUGAGAAUGACUUCUUGUCAGAUCAACUCAUUGUUCCUGGACUACUUCAUCUCAAGGGAGAUGGAAGAGAACAUUUUCCUUCCACUAGAGGUCUCCGUACUGGUGCAGGACAGCACGAUGAACACACAACGUGCAGGACAACACCUGGCAAUAGGGAGCAGCUGGAAGAGGGACAAGUUUGUGUUUGAAAGCUUGGACUUCUCACGGCUGCGGUCUUUGACUGUAUCCAGAGAGUGGAAGCCAUUCUUCAUAUCUGACAGGAUGAGAGUGCUUCGAGUUCUCGAUCUGGAGGACACAAGUAUAACAGAUGAUGAUGUCGAAGAAAUAGUGAAGAAGCUGCCUCGCCUCAAGUUCCUCUCCCUGAGAAGAUGCACAAAGGUUUCUUGCCUGCCAGAUCUGUUAGGUAACCUGAGGCAGCUCCAAUCUCUGGACAUAAAGCACACCUCUGUGACUAAGCUUCCUAAGAGCAUCAUCAAGCUGCAGAAACUUCAGUAUAUUAAUGCCGGCACGAAGGUAGCGGCGUUGACUGACGACGAGCCCUCAACACCACGGAGGAUUAUUAGGCAUGGACAUGUUGUUGCUUGUGAUGGCGUCAUGGUGCCUGGAGGAAUUGGGGCACUGGUCGCCAUGCACACACUGGGUGUUAUCAACGUCAACACAAGAGGUGGUUGGGCCACCCUGAAGGAGCUCAAGAAUCUGACCCAACUCCAUAAGCUAGGAGUAUCUGGCAUCAGUAGGAGUAACUUCAAGGGGUUGUUUUCUGCUAUAGUGGGCCAUAACCAUUUGGAAUCCCUAUCGCUGCAGCUCCACAUGGACAAGGAUUUGGACUGGUUGGCUAAACUCACCCCUCCAGGGAACCUACAACGUCUCAAAAUACACGUACAUGUAGAAAAAUACGCACACUGGAGCUGCCUACAGGCCCUUGGGCAGGUGAGAAGGCUGCAGACCCUUAGCUUUCGUUUCAAAACGGAACAAGAUGUUGAGCUCCAGUUCAGUGACAUGAUGGACAGUGGCACCUGGUAUGCACCCAACCAAUUCUGUGAACUCAAGGUCCUCGAGAUAGCUUGCAGCUCCAACCUACAUGUCAAGUUCGCAGAAAAUGAGAUGACUGAACUUGAGCUGCUCAAGGUUCACUGCUUGGAAGGGUCGUCGCUCAAGUUUUCUGGGAUAGAGCGUCCAGCUAAACUCAAGUAUGUGUGGCUCAAGGGUUCUUUUGACGACACAGUCAAGGCAGAAUUGCGGCAGAAAGUUAAGCAGCAUCAGAACAAACAUCUUGAUUUGAAACUGGAGUAACAAUGUUUAUCCGGAUAAUGGUGGUUGCUGCAGGUCCACACUCUUCUGGCUGGUGCAUAUUAUUUUAUUUCUCUUUGUCCGAUCCUCUCAAUACUCUUUACUUCCUAUCUUCUCAACCAAAACUAGACAGGUAGUCACUCAAUUUCAAAUUCUCAAAUUGUAAGUAUCUAGAUGUAUUGUAUAUCUAAGUGUGUAGCAAGAACUAUGUAAGAAAAAUAAAGGCGAAACAAAGUGCAUAUUGACAUUAGUAAGCCUACAGCUAGUGUAUCUUGUAAUUUACUUUUACUCCAUCUAGUAGUUGCCUUGGCUUCCAAGUAAAUGAGAAAACUUGGCAUCCAAGUAGUCUAAGGCAUCUUUGCUUUAUGCAAGGAAUAUGCUAGGGGUAGUGGGUGGUCUGCUCUACAAAAGCAAGGCAACCGCACAUGGUCUGUAACUGAACCGAGAGCUUUGCUAUUUUCAAUUCAA